ACCAAGGCUUUCAUCACCAGUCAACCAGGAAACUUUUCAGCCUCUAAGGGACCUGCGAUUCCUACCAUCCAUCCUCUUCCUCGGCACCAACCAUCUUCAGACGAUGGUGAGCACAGCCCGGGCCGCAGCGGUGGUCAUGGCGGUUGCGGUGGUGAGUGCGGCCCGCCUCGCUCACGCCGCUGUCCUCCCUGGUCACGACUCGUCAGGAUCAAAGUUGGUGUCUCCGAGAAACGAGUACAUGCACGACCUGAACCCCGAACUGGUGAGCCUCCUGCAGCAGACACUUCCAGAGAUCAGAGACAUCAGGAUUGUCGACGGUCCCGACGGCCCCAGGCUGGACAUGCCCCUGAGUGGGUGUCGCGACUCCCUGGACUGCCACCACCGCUUCACCAACUACUUGGGACUCCUGGUGAGGAUGAUGGAGACAGGGAAGAGGAGGAAGUAAAAGGGGAGAAGGAAGAGAAGAUAACGAAUAAUAAGAGGAGGAGGCUUAAAAAGAAAGGUGGAAACGCGAAAGGAUUCGAUUCAUGGCUGAGAGAGAAGAGAUGUUGAGCGAAGGGAAUGGCGACCUUUUGAGACUUUUUCGCUCUUUCUUUUGUUUCCAAGUCCAUCGGAAAUUCGUCUUCUUGUCUUGUCAUAAGAUGGGUUUUCGAAAAUGGGAAAAGUGAGGAUCGAAAAAAUAUGUAUAUUUUCUGAAUGUAAGCAUUUUAUUCAAUUUUUCAAAGGCUUCAGUGUCUGUUUUCAGAUGUAUACGAAAAUAUGUGCACCAAUGUACUCUAAGCUGUUCACAAUUGAAUGCGGCCUCUAUAGUAUGUUGAAUGCCCGAUGAUUUUUAAUAUUUUUAAAAGAUUUUAUUAUCAUACUUUUGUAUUUUUGAUGUGAAAAAUGGGCAUCACUGAUAUACUGUUCAUCAUUUAAUAUUGAAAAAAGUUAUAUAUUAUGUACAAGAGAAAUUUAUACAAUUUAAAUACAGAGCUUCCGAGAAAUUGACGGGAAUUCCAGUACUACAAGGAGAUUAAGAAAUUGUCAUAUUUAAAACACUGGUUAAAUGAUUACCUAACUAUUGUGAAAAGGGGAAAAGGAGGGAAAGAGAACUGCAACCGAUCCGUUUUCUCUUUCCCUCAUAACUCCAAAAUCUGCAAUUCAUUUGUUUAGCGGAUUCCCUCAUUCAUUUGUCUUUCUUUUCCUUCCUUUUGGCUCUGCGGAAUCCGUUACUCAUUUGUUUUCCUGCGGACUCUGUGUUAUGUGUGUUCUGUGUCUGACUGACCCCUGCACGACUGCUGUAAUCGCUGGCGGCUUCGCAAGAAAUGUACUGUAGCGGC